GGUUUCUAUAAGCAAGUAGAAUCACUUUCGUUUCAAAUAGAAACCUAUAUGAUUCUCUCCUCCUUCCCUCCUCGAUUUUCUCUAUCUCUCUCUCUCUCUAAUUGAAAAUGGCUUCAAUCUCUUUCAGUCCCCGUACCGUUGAAGAGAUCUUCAAAGACUAUAGCGGUAGACAUGCCGGUGUAGUUCGUGCUUUGACCACAGAUGUUGAUGAAUUUUUUGGGCUAUGCGAUCCAGAAAAAGAAAACUUGUGUCUCUAUGGACAUCCAAAUGAAAGCUGGCAAGUUGAUCUUCCAGCUGAAGAAGUUCCACCUGAGCUUCCUGAACCAGCACUAGGGAUCAAUUUUGCUAGAGAUGGCAUGAAGCGUAGAGAUUGGAUUUCUCUUGUUGCGGUUCACAGUGAUUGCUGGUUGCUCUCUGUAGCUUUCUAUCUUGGAGCACGACUUAACCGCAAUGAAAGGAAGCGCCUGUUCAGCUUGAUCAAUGAUUUGCCUACAGUUUUUGAAGUAGUGACUGAAAAGAAGCCUGCAAAAGACAAGCCGAGCGCUGAUAGUGGAAGCAAAUCCAGGGGUAGCACUAAGAGAACAAGUGACGGGCAGGCGAAAAGCAAUCCAAAGCAGCAGGCAGAGGAGCCCUUCAAUGAGGAUGAAGAUGAGCAUGGCGAUACCUUCUGUGGGAGCUGUGAGGGGAACUACAAUGGCGAUGAGUUUUGGAUCGGGUGUGACAUCUGUGAGAAGUGGUUCCAUGGGAAGUGUGUCAAAAUGACUCCGGCUAAGGCUGAGAGCAUCAGGCAAUAUAAAUGCCCAUCUUGCAGCGCGAAGAAGGGCAGGUAGGUCAUAGGGGAGAGAAGAAGGAGAAAGAGAUGAGCAGUUAAGUUAUAAUAUAUUUGGUGACUGACAAAAAUUAGUACAGUUAUUUCUAAAUCAUCGCCUUUUUUUCAAUAUUGGGAUUAGGGUUGUUCUUAUGAUGAAGACUAUUAUUUAUAUAACAAAAUUGAUACAAUUAGAUUGUUGCAAAGUUAUUUAUGUCAACUGCUAAAUGAUGCUAGUUUUCUUGAUUGUAUUAUCUCUGCUUUAGCCAGAGAGAAUUAUUUUAUUAGAUUCGACAGGGUUUAAUAUUU